AUGGCUUCUGCACCAAGCCCUAAACCAUUGAACCCAAAUGCAUCACCUUGGUGUCCCCCUCUUCUCCGUAAAAAAUCUCCACAAUCAUCGUCUGCACAGCCACCACCACCACAGCCCUCGAGAAGCUUAGUACAAGACCAAAAUCUUUUCCUACUUCCCCAUGAAUUCUGUCCACCAUCACAACCCCAACCACCGGUUUCACCCCCAAUGACGGCAGGGGUGGAGUUUUCCGAGCCUGCACAGGCGUUUAUCUAUACACCCACUGCAUUCCCAAUUCGCCAUUCUCAGUAUAAUAUUUAUAUUAACCCACUGCUCCCUUGCCACCUUCCUUUGGCUUAUCCAAGUGAAUUGGGUGACUUUGGAUUUGCAGGCAAUGGUGGUUGCGAAGAGAGGGUUAUGGGUACUGAAAAGGUGGGGAAGAACAGAGAGGGUUUGAGGAGUUCUUAUGAUGGGUGGGAAAGAAGCGAUGAGAGGUUUGUGGCGUCAAGGUGUGUGAGAGAAAGAAUCGUGAACAGGCAUGAGUAUGGUAGGAAAAUUUGUAGGGGCGUGUGGAAACCUAGGAAGAUCAAGUCUGAUGACGGUGUUGCUGUGGGUGGUACUCCCCUCCCUUCUCCUUCCGAUGAUCUUUCAGUUUAUGAUAAAACCACGGUUAUGAUCAAGAAUAUUCCAAACCAGCUCAGGAGGAAUACGUUGUUCAAAAUCCUGGAUAAGUAUUGUCAGGAGCACAAAUUGGAGUAUGAUUUUGUGUACCUACCCUUUGAUUUCAGAAACGACAACAAUUUGGGGUACGCUUUUGUGAAUUUUACUACUACUUUUGCUGCCAAAAGAAUACAUGAACUUUUGCACAACUACAAGUGGGGGCCUGUAGAAACUUCAAAGGGUGGUGUUUACCAGUCUAAAAAAAUAUGUGACAUUAGAUGGGCUCGAAUCCAGGGAAGGGAUGCUCUGGUCCGCCACUUUCAGAAUUCAAACUUUGUGUGUGACAAGAAUGAGUACCUGCCUGUGGUUCUAUCUCCACCCCGCAAUGGUCCAAACUCCACCACUCUUCCCAGAGCUAUUGGCAAGUGUAGGGCCUUUCUCUCAAGGCCUUGA